CGACCCAUCGUCGCCGCCGAUGAUGGCCGGGACAGCAGCCGCAGCGCUGCUCGUCUUCUUCCUGGCCGCCGUCUCCGCCGAGGCGGGGUCGGCGCUCCCGAGGUUCGCGGAGGCGCCGCAGUACCGGAACGGGGAGGGGUGCCCGGCUCCAUCGGGGGCCGGGGUGUGCGACCCGGGGCUGGUCCACAUCGCCAUGACGCUCGACGCGCACUACCUGCGCGGCUCCAUGGCGGCCAUCUACUCCCUCCUCAAGCACGCCUCCUGCCCAGAAUCCCUCUUCUUCCACUUCCUCGCCGCCGCCGAGCCGUCGGACGACGUCACAGCCCUGCGCCGCGCGCUCGCCGCCUCCUUCCCGUCCCUCCGCUUCCAGAUCUACCCGUUCCGCGCCGACGCAGUGACCGGUCUCAUCUCCGCCUCCGUGCGCGCGGCCCUCGAGGCGCCGCUCAACUACGCGCGGAACCACCUCGCCGACCUCCUCCCGCCCUGCGUCCCCCGCGCCAUCUACCUCGACUCGGACAUCCUCGCCGCCGACGACGUGCGGCGCCUCUGGGAAACCCGCCUGCCCGCGGCCGCGGUGGUCGCCGCGCCCGAGUACUGCCACGCCAACUUCUCCCGCUACUUCACGCCCGCCUUCUGGUCCGACCCGGCGCUCGGCGCGCGGGUCUUCGCCGGCCGCCGCCGCGCGCCCUGCUACUUCAACACGGGCGUCAUGGUCGUCGACCUCCGGCGCUGGCGCGCCGGCAACUACCGCCGCCGCAUCGAGCGGUGGAUGGAGAUCCAGAAGGAGAAGCGCAUCUACGAGCUGGGCUCGCUGCCCCCGUUCCUGCUGGUGUUCGCCGGCGAGGUGGAGGCCGUCGACCUGCGGUGGAACCAGCACGGCCUCGGCGGCGACAACGUGCACGGCAGCUGCCGCCCGCUCCACGACGGGCCCGUCAGCUUGAUGCAUUGGUCCGGCAAGGGCAAGCCGUGGGACAGGCUCGACGCCGGCAGGCCGUGCCCGCUCGACCACACAUGGAAGUCCUACGACCUCUACAUUCCCGGAGACGGCAGCGGCGCCGCCUCCCCGGCCUCCGGGCCGGCGGCAUUGUCUGCUUCUUGGUAGGAAGCUCCUAGCUGCACUAGACUAGAUACUCCAAUAAUUCUUUUGUUGGUUGGGCGGCUCUCGGCAGCAAUGGCGGACCGGGCACCGCAUUGGUGCUACUGCUGUCAUCUGCUGCCGCCGCCGCUCCCCAUCGGCUGUACAGAGCACUGAAGGACGGAAGGAACUAGGAGGCUGCCGCGAUUCGCGGCGACCAGGAGGGUGGAGAUCGGAUAGAGAAAAGAAGACCUUGUUCUUUUCAGUAGGAUUCAGAUUGAUUAUUUGGGGGGAUUUUCAUUCUUUUUGUAGGGUGGGCGUUCUUGGGGAUUCCCAGCUCGCUCCAUCGCUAGCGAUGUACAAUUCGUUGAUAGUCAAGACCUGGAAUUUUGUUCUAUUUAUCAAUGAUUCUUUCAUUCUUAAUA